GACACGGACGCGCAAAACCGCCUUGGCAUAUUUCUUGGUGUAGUGGUGGACAUUAAUCAUGAUGUCUCAAUGUACAAUAAAAUAGUGGCUCUUGGCAUACAAGGAAGGUCUUCAAAUCAUCCAUUUUGGCGGUUCAUUCGGAUUAUUGAAUCUUUUAAAGGAAAUGCACUGGGAGUAGGCAGUAUGGAUUGCUACAAAAGCCGAACCUUCCCCAGAAAGGAUUUGCCUGCGGUACACUGAAAGUGCAGGAAAUGCUUAUGGGAACUACCAAUUCCUUAACUAUAAGGAUAACAUUGCCACACGCUCUAUCAUGACUGAUGGCGAGGGAAGAGAGCACUUUCACCACUUGGAGAACGAGGGGGAGAGAGGACCCAUUUCGGCUUUGUACCGGGCGCCAGGUCAGGGCGAAGACACAGGCGAUGAGGAGGAGAGGGGCAGCACAUGGAUCCCUGAGUCGGCUCGGGCACAGGGUUCCAGCGGGCGCGACCCAACUCCGGAUCUGGCGUCGGAUGAUGAGGAGCAGCCUCCCUACCCGCUUCUCGCCCCCGUUGUGUUUUUCUGCAUGAAACAGACCACUCGACCACGUAGCUGGUGUCUACGAAUGGUUUGUAAUCCCUGGUUCGAGCACAUUAGCAUGCUGGUGAUCCUGCUGAACUGCGUGACACUGGGCAUGUACCAGCCCUGCGAAGACAUGAAGUGUGAAUCCGAGCGCUGUAUCGUCCUACAGGUACUGGACGACUGCAUCUUCGCCUUCUUCGCUGUAGAGAUGUUCAUUAAGAUGGUGGCCCUGGGCAUCUGGGGAUCCAAGUGUUACCUUGGCGACACCUGGAACCGUCUGGACUUCUUCAUCGUCAUGGCUGGGAUGAUAGAGUAUUCCCUGGACGACCACAAUGCCAGCUUGUCAGCCAUCCGGACUGUGCGAGUACUCCGGCCCCUCCGAGCCAUUAACAGAGUGCCCAGUAUGAGGAUACUGGUGACUCUUCUCCUUGAUACUCUGCCUAUGUUAGGCAACGUCCUUCUCCUGUGCUUUUUUGUCUUCUUUAUUUUCGGCAUCGUCGGGGUGCAACUGUGGAACGGGCUGCUGAGGAACAGGUGUUUCUUGGGAGGGAAUGCCAAAGACUUCAGCGAUUUUAACCUGUCCCAACACCCUUACUAUGUGGACGAGGAGGAGGGCGAGGACAAUCCCUUCAUUUGCUCGUCGCCCAAUUACAGUGGCAUGCAGCACUGCCGCGACCUGCCGGCCAACUGGAGCCUCUACUAUAACGAGUGCCGCCCCGGCGACCACAACCCGCACAUGGGUGCCGUCAACUUUGAUAACAUUGGAUACGCAUGGAUUGCUAUUUUCCAGGUUAUCACUCUGGAAGGAUGGGUAGACAUCAUGUAUUAUGUCAUGGAUGCACACUCCUUUUACAAUUUUGUAUAUUUUAUACUGCUCAUUAUAGUGGGCUCCUUCUUCAUGAUAAACUUGUGCCUGGUUGUGAUUGCAACCCAGUUCGCGGAGACCAAGCAGCGCGAGAACCAGCUGAUGCGGGACCAGCGGACGCGCUACCUCUCCAAUGACAGCACGCUGGCCAGCUACUCGGAGCCGGGCAGCUGCUACGAGGAGAUGCUGCGCUACAUCAGCCACCUGUGCCGCAAGGUCAAGCGCCGCUGCCUCCGCGUCUACAACAACUGGCAGAGCAAGCGCCGCAAGAAGGUGGACCCCGACAGUGGGCUGGGCGGGAUUGGACACAGUGGGGGCGGUCUCGGCGGUAUGGGGGGCCUGAAUGGGCACGGCCGGCCUCGGGACCUGGGCUACUGGUUCCGGGCCAUGCGCAACCUCAUUCAGCACCAUCAGCACCACCACUGCCACCUGAGCAAUGGCAGCCCUUAUGGUCAGCAGCAGCAGCAGCAGCAGCAGGGGAUGACGGAGACCUCUGGGCUGGUAGAGGUGGUGGAGAUGAGCACCCUCCACGUCACCACUCCCCAGCCGGCCCCCACCAUCAUUGGCCACACGGAGGGAGGGGUGCCCGGCGUCUGCCAUGGCGACUUCCAGGAAGUAACGCAUGGCCUGACCAGCCCUCCUCCUACUACUACUACUCCUGGGACCUUUGUGACCGAGGUGCCACCCCAGCUGGGCAGGCUGAACGGGGGCAUGAACUACCCCACCAUCCUCCCCUCCUUUGUCUCUGGCUACCCUGGCAACACACCACUGGGUAACGGCCGAGGAGAGAUAACCGCCGACUCUGUGGACCUGCUGGACCCGGCAGAGAGGCUGCAGCAGCUGCUGGGAGAGCCAGGUCAGCACCGGCUGCUACUACUGCUGAUGGGCGUAGUGCCCAGUCCUCUCAUCCUACAGCUCCGCAGCUGCAUCCACUGUGCCAGCGUGAUGGAGGAGAUGGAGCAAGAGUUUGCCGAGUCCGAGAGCGCCAGGGCCGAGGUGGAGUCCGCCCAACAGCACACAGAGUGUGGCCGCAGCGACGCAGACGGGAGACCGGGCCGGCGGCGGCACCGGCGUCCGCACCCCAAGAGAAUUGUGGGCCGUGGCUGCCUGGCACAGGCCUGGGAAGGCUUUCGUGAGCGGCUCAAGUGCAUUGUGAACAGCAAGUACUUCAACCGAGGGAUCAUGAUCGCAAUCCUCAUCAACACGCUCAGCAUGGGCAUCGAGUACCAUGAGCAGCCGAAGGCACUGACGGAGAUCUUGGAGAUCAGCAACAUCGUCUUCACCAGCAUGUUUGUGCUGGAGAUGGUGUUUAAGGUCCUGGCUUUCGGAGUCUUUGGCUACAUUAAGAACCCCUAUAACAUCUUUGAUGGAAUUAUCGUCGUCAUUAGUGUGUGGGAGAUCAUGGACGGUGGAGACGGGGGCCUGUCGGUCCUGCGUACGUUCCGGCUUCUGCGGGUUCUAAAGCUGGUGCGGUUCCUUCCGGCCCUGCGGAGACAGCUGGUGGUUCUGAUGAAGACCAUGGACAACGUGGCCACCUUCUGCAUGUUACUCAUGCUCUUCAUUUUCACAUUCAGUAUUCUUGGAAUGCAUCUGUUUGGAUGCAAGUUCAGCCGGGUCACGGAAACUGGGGACACCAUUACGGACCGGAAGAACUUUGAUUCUCUGCUCUGGGCCAUCGUCACUGUGUUUCAGAUCUUGACCCAAGAGGACUGGAACGUGGUGCUGUAUAACGGCAUGGCCUCCACCACGCCUUGGGCCGCACUCUACUUCGUCGCUCUCAUGACCUUCGGGAACUAUGUGCUCUUCAACCUGCUGGUGGCCAUCUUAGUCGAGGGCUUUCAGGCUGAGGGGGAUGCCUGUGAGAAGUCAGAUGAAGACGAGGAGAAGAGGUCUUCGAAUUUCGAAGAGGAAGAGCGAGUGGGAGAGCUUCGAGACAGAGAGCUGAGGAUGCUGAUGAUGACAGCCAAUGGCCACGUGGACCCGCGAGGCUCUUUGGCCCCGCCCAUCAUCAUGCGUACGGCAGCCACGCCCAUGCCCACGCCCAAGAGCUCCCUUGGCCCAGAAUCCAUGCUGGGGUUCGGGGAGUCCCGCCGGGGCAGUGGAGUGUCCAUCGACCCCAUAAACCCCUACGACCAGCGUUCCCUGAGCAGCCCGCGCCGGUCCCCGUGCCACCCCCGCACGCCGGGCAGCAACUGGGGUAGCCGGCGAUCCAGCUGGAACAGUCUGAGUCGAGCCCCCAGCCUGAAGAGGAAGGACACCUCUGGUGAACGGGAGUCGCUCCUGUCGGGCGAAGGCCGGGGCAGUUUCGAGGACGAGGACCCCGAGGGAGACGACGGAGGAGGAGGAGGUGGUGGAGGUGGAGGGAGGGGUGGGAGUGUCGGUGGUGGGCCACCUUUCCCGGGGUCUCUGGAUAUCCCUGAUGUGCAGCUGGGCUCGGUGCCGGUGCUGGGGCCGGGGCCGGGGCCGGUGCCGUACCAGUCAGGCGAGUAUCACGACUGUAACGGGCGCGUGUUGCACGUCCCUCCUGGAGCCCCACCGGAACUGGGCCGAGAGGACUCCAACCCUGAUGAAGACAUUGAGGAUGGUUACUGCUACCGAAUAAAGAAGGUUUUAGAGUCCUAUAAACCUCAGUGGUGCAUUGAUCACGAGGAUUGGUCCCUCUACUUAUUCUCCCGUGACAACAGAUUUCGUCAGACGUGUCGGCGCAUCAUAGAGCACAGGAUGUUUGACCACGUGGUCUUGGUGUUCAUCUUCCUCAACUGCAUCACCAUCGCCAUGGAGCAUCCCAACAUUAAAACCGACAGCACGGAACGGUUGUUUCUGAUUGUCUCAAAUUACAUUUUCACUGUGAUCUUCGUUGCUGAAAUGACUGUAAAGGUGGUGGCUCUUGGCUUCUACUCAGGAAAAGACAGCUAUCUCCAGAGCACUUGGAACGUGUUGGACGGCAUGCUGGUCUUCGUGUCCCUGGUGGACAUCUUGGUGUCCCUGUCUUCCUCCGGCGGCAACCGCAUCCUGGGCAUCCUGCGCGUGCUGCGACUGCUACGAACGUUACGGCCACUCAGGCUGAUAAGCCGAGCUCCUGGACUGAAGCUGGUGGUGGAAACGUUGUUCUCAUCUCUGCGACCCAUCGGGAACAUCGUAUUGAUCUGCUGCGCUUUCUUCAUUGUGUUUGGAAUUUUGGGGGUUCAGCUUUUCAAGGGGAAAUUUUACCACUGCGAAGGAAUCGACAUCAAGAACGUCACCAACGUCACAAAGUCUAUCUGUCUCAAAGCUGGGCAUCGGUGGAUAAGGAAGAAGUACAACUUUGAUAAUUUAGGCCAGGCUCUCAUGUCCUUGUUUGUGUUGUCCUGCAAAGAUGGCUGGGUGAACAUCAUGUACGACGGCCUUGAUGCUGUCGGUGAGGAUAAGCAGCCGGUGCGUAACAAUAACCCCUGGAUGCUGCUCUACUUCAUCUCCUUCCUGCUGAUCGUCAGCUUCUUUGUGCUCAACAUGUUUGUGGGCGUGGUGGUGGAGAACUUCCACAAGUGCCGGCAGGACCAGGAGGAGGAGGAGGCCAAGCGGAGGGAGGAGAAGAAGCAGCGGAUGAUGGAGAAAAAGCGCAGGAAGGCUCAGCAGAGGCCGUACUAUGAGGACUACUCUCCUCUGCGGCGCUACAUCCACAUGGUGUGUACUAAUCACUACCUGGACCUCUUCAUCACCGGCAUCAUCGCCAUCAACGUGGUCACCAUGUCCAUGGAGCAUUACCAGCAGCCCAAGUAUCUCAAGCAUGCUCUGACGUACUGCAACUAUGUCUUCACCUUCUUCUUCGUCAUCGAGGCCCUGCUCAAGCUUGUGGCUUUUGGCCUCCGACGCUUCUUCAAAGACAGGUGGAAUCAGCUGGACCUGGCAAUAGUGCUGCUGUCUAUCGUGGGCAUCACACUGGAGGAGAUCCAAAUGAACGCCGCUCUACCCAUCAACCCCACCAUUAUACGCAUCAUGCGGGUCCUGAGGAUUACCAGAGUACUGAAGCUGUUGAAGAUGGCCACUGGAAUGAGAUCAUUGCUGGAUACUGUGAUGCAGGCUUUACCUCAGGUGGGUAAUCUGGGCCUGCUCUUCAUGCUGCUCUUCUUCAUUUAUGCCGCUCUGGGAGUGGAGCUCUUCGGGAAGCUGAAAUGCACUGACGACAACCCCUGUGAGGGCCUCAGCAGACAUGCCACAUUUGAAAACUUUGGCAUGGCCUUCCUCACGCUCUUCAGAGUGUCCACAGGGGAUAAUUGGAAUGGCAUUAUGAAGGACACGCUGCGGGAGUGCAAGCCAUAUGAGGAGCACUGCCUGAGCUAUCUACACGUGGUGUCACCCAUCUACUUUGUGACGUUUGUGCUGAUGGCCCAGUUCGUGCUGGUGAACGUGGUGGUGGCCGUGCUCAUGAAGCACCUGGAGGAGAGCAACAAGGAGGCCAAGGAGGAGGCGGCAAUGGACGCGGAGAUCCAGCAGGAGAUGGAGCAGGAGAUGGAGAUGGAGAGGAGGCUGAGUCACAUCUCCACCGGACCCGGCUCCCCUGGGCCUGCUGGCAGGGAGCUGUUUGGGAGGCACGCGUCGAACUCACCAGGGCAGGAUGAGGAGAGCCAUGGCGCUGAGGAGAAUCCUCUGCCACUGCGGAAGCUGUCUGUGACACGCAUGCACUCUCUGACCAACGACAGCUACAUGUUUCGUCCAGUGCGGCCCGCCAGUGCCCCAUUCUGUAGUCAGGACGGCGAUCAACACCACGGCUACGGCCAAUCAGGCUCUGUGACAUCGGUUCACUCUCAGCCUUGUGAGAGCCACUCCCUGCUGCAGGUGCCAGGCAUCCCUCCUCUGGCCCAGCUCACCAAAGGCCUCCCCCGGAUCCCCCCGCCCAAACCAUCCCCCUUCAAGUCGCUGCGUAGACAGGAGGCGGUAAAGCACGACUCCAUCGACGUGCAAAGCAGCGAGGCUAAAGAUCUCCCCAUCGCCCAGCAGCAACACUCCUACAGCCACAUCAGCCCCAACAACAACAACCCCAGCCCUAACCCCAGAAGCCCCCAGGCCUCUCCGCUGCUGCCCCCACGCGACCGCUCCCCCAGCGUCCGCACCCUGCAGGGGCUGUACGGCCAGCGCAGCAUCCCCCGACAGCACACUCCCAGCCUGGCCAGCAGCAGCACCAGCACCAGCCCCAGUGGCUCCAUGUUCGACUCCGCAGACCCUACAGACGAGGAGGUGCGCUACAUUAAUAGCGCUGCCAAGCACGUGAGAGGUGCCGGUGGUGUGUGGGGUAGCCAGUCGUCAGCAGGGGGAGUAGGUGGUGGCAGCGCUGUGGGAGUCGGAGUGAGAGUUGGAACGGGAGGCCCACACGGGGAUGUCCGCAGCCACUCGCUGUCGCCCUUCGCCUCAGGCACCUCAUCCCUCCAACUGGCAAAGAACUGUGGGAGCGCAGCCAACCUGGCGGCCCUGAGGGACAGGGACAUGAAGAAGUUCUUCAGCGUGGACACCAAAGGCUUCUUGGACAAGCCGUCAGCCUGCAGCGGUGCCUGUGGAGGCAGCAUCGCUGGUGGAGUUGGGGACGACCUGCGCCGUCACUCCAUUGAGAUCUGCCCCUCAAUGGACGUGGACGUGGACGCGGACGACGCAUUUGACCAAGCCCUGGCAGAGGUCCGGCACCCACCCAUGCGGGGACAGUCGCUAUACAUCCCCAGGAAGAAGAAGACGAGCCCUCCCUGCAUCUCCAUCGAUGCUCCACUGGAGGCGGAGGGUAGCCCCGUGCCACAUAAGCCCACGGCAGCCAACAUCAACAGUACGCUUUUACGCCGACGGACGCCCUCCUGUGAACAGACACAGCUGCUGCAACAGCAGCAGCAGAGGGAAUCUAUGGACCUGAUGGAACAUCAGGUGCUUCAAAACCAGCCUCUUCUGAGCAUCCAGGCCCACGGUAGCACUAGCACGGAGUACCAGGCCAGUACCGUGCCGCAGAUCACCUUUGACCAGUCUGACUCCACGAUCGUGGAUAGCAGUCUGUCGAACCCCCUGCUUGACAGCAAUCCAGUUCCACGCUCCUCUCCAUUUGACGGUCGACUUGAGGAGUCUACUGAUUUUUGUUCUCCAAACAGGACAGCCCUGUGACAGGGGAUGGAAAAAAAGAUUUCCGAGGGUGCCAACCCCAAACUUUAUUUGUUUGACGUGAGUCAAAAAUGCUCAUUGUUCAAGUAGAGGUACACAAAUGAAUGAUCGAUCAUUCAAACGACCUGGCACGGUUUCAGUAGCCAAAGUUCAAAAACUUUGUUGCAUUGUUCUGUGUCUGUGUCGCCCAGGUGUUGGACGUUGCUGUUUUCAGCUGAGAAAGGAAGUUGUGUUUUUUUCUGCCCAGGGUCGGAUGUCAUGUCUGGCCAGCAAGCGGGCUUGUUGCAAGUGUUGUCGGACAAAGGUUAUGCAAUUUCAGGUUUCCGUCUGGAACUCUCUCACUUUUACAUUGGUCCCGGACUCAAUCAUAUUGAUCUGAGUGCUGGAUGUGUGUCAAGAUUUCAUUUACACUGUUUUUGUCUUCAGUCACGUUUGUCCUCUUUCGCCAUGGACUUGGCUAGGCUACAUCCCUUUUUUCCUGUAAAAAAAUGAGAGAAAUACAAGUAAAAGUUGUACAAAUUCAGUACUGUACAUCUUACAGUCUAAAUAGAAAGAAAUAUUGUAUCAAAGAUGAAAAAUAGCUCUAUUCAUAUCCACAUAUUUUUAUAGAGAUCUAUAAUGUUUUUGCACAUAUCGAUAUGAAUUUCGAGUCGGAUGUUCUUUUUGUUGUCCUCCUGUGAAUGUACAUUUCUUUUUUAAAGAAAGUGAAAUAGCAGUGGGAUUGAUUCCAGUCAAUUUGAGACCUACUGAGAAUACUUUUUAUUUUUUUAUUGGGAGGUGGGGGGGUUGUAACAGUGUCAGUGUAGAUCCGACAAAAACCAAACUACAAACAACAAUCUGUAGCCUGAGUGCAAUAUACUGUGUGUUUUGUGUUAGUCUGCCCUGUUAGGUUGCUUAUGUUUUGCCACCAUAUUAACACACACAUGCACAAACCCACUAACGCAUAAACAAAAGCACGCACACAUACACAUGCACACACUUACACACACACAUUGCACAGACACACAUACAACAUGUCACAGACACAGUGCUUUUGUCAUAUACUCAGGUUCAUCUCAAAGUGGAAUGAAUGACAUGCAUAUCUCACUGUAAUCACUCUCAUUAUCUUCCCAAAGGAAGUCUUGUGACUCAUGCUAAACCUCUCUCCUGGGGCUUGCAUGUGAAGGACAAACUGUAAACAAAAAAAGUUACUUUGCAAGAUUCAUUUUGUCCUCUUCCUCCUUGCGAUGUUUUAUAACUUUGUAUCCUGUAAAAAAAAAAAGAACAGGAGAAGCUGUUGUAUUUAUUGUUGGUAAUGAAUGAGUGGUUGAAACACUUGAUUGAAGCUCUUGAUGACAUGUUGACUGUCACAAGUCUGUCCUAAUUGGGGACCUUUCAGGUUUGGAUUGGUCCCUGGGUUUGUGUCUUGCCUCUGCAUCGAGCAAGUUUGUUUUGUUUCCACCAGUUUAGGUGGGGUGUAUAUUAAGCUCGGGUGAAUGAGAGAGACGGUGGUGUCUUUUUGUGUACAGCUCAACCAUUAUGAUUCCUUUUUUAUACUGAUUUCCACUCAUGGGUGCAGGGUAGUCACUCAUUGAUUUUUUUUUAGCAUUAUUUAAAAAAGAAAUAAUUUCUCCAGAAUUGACCCACGUGUCAGCCAUCAGUAGUGAGAUCCCACACCAAUGUCUACUUGUCACUCCAGUCAAAUCCAGUUUGCUAGUUCAAAUAGUUGCUACAGCAGCUCCUGACCUGUAGUGGUGUAUUAUUACCCUCAAUUUUUGAAUCCUCAAAAAAAUAACAUUAAAAAAAUGCAUGCUCUAUGAAAAUGACUAAAAAAAAUACAUUAAACAUGUUACAUGUUUUUUGAGGUUUUUUUGAUAUUGCAAUUUGCAAAUGUUCUCAUUUGUAGAAUUGACUACCUAAUUGCACUGGGCUGUAUUGACUAGAUAUUCCUCUUUGUAGUACUGAAGAACCCCACUUAUUUAUUGUCUUAUACAAGAUUUUAUGGUAAUUAAUAUCUACAAAGGGAGACAGUCAUUGAAAAAAAACAUGGUUGGUUCAACUGGGCUUGAGGGGAUACUUGAUUUACUGAUCAGAUGAUUGAAUUGGAUGAUAGCAGCAUGCUUGGUCUGAAAGUUUAAUUCCCUUCAAUUGUGACAAUCCAACCCAAAGAUGGAGGUUAUCCUUUGGAGUCCAAGCACAGGUGACGCC